AUUUAAAUAAGACACAAUCUCAUUUUUUCUUAGUAUCUGUUCCGUUUUUCUCUGAUAUAAAUUUAUUUAAAUAGAUUUUAAAGAAGAUUUCAUAUUACAAACCAUUGGAUUUAUUAACUAAUUGGAAAUAUGAAGCAAAAUAUGAGUUUUUCCUCUAUCGUAGGUUUAUUAUUUGUUUUUUCUAUAAUAAUGAAUACUGGUUUAGCUUUAGUCUGUUUUUCAUGUGACUCUAAACACAAAGACAAUAGUAGUUGCAGAGAUUCUUUCAUGGAAAUACUAGAACCUUAUGACGAACUUCCUAAGAUGGUACAUUGUAGGGAUGGUACCAAAAAUGAGAAAGCUGUAUGUUUAAAGAUAAAGUAUAUGAAAGAUGCCAAUAAUAAAACGGAAGUUCAAAGAAGUUGUGAAUUAGUUCCAAAAACUCUAAAAGAAGGACAUUGUCCCGAUGAUUUAAUAGACUAUGGGACUAUGGAGUACUGUGGAAUAUGUGAUAUGGAAGCUUGUAAUGCCUCUCCUGGGGUUAAAACUGUAUUUUUGACACCAGUAACAAUGGUAUUUUUAACUAUGGUAAAAAAAUUGUAUUUUAAGUUUUAAUUUUAAAAUGUAAUAAUUUUAUUCAAAUCGGCAAUAAAAUCAUUUUUUAAAUAAUG